AUGGCUGAAGGUGGCAUUUUGCUGGAUCAGGACCAGUUCAGCUGUUCGAUCUGUCUGGAUCUGCUGAAGAAUCCGGUGGCUAUUCCCUGUGGACACAGUUACUGUAUGGGCUGUAUUAAUGGCUGCUGGGAUCAGGAUGAUCAUACUGGUGUCUAUAGCUGUCCCCAGUGCAGAGAGACCUUCACCCCAAGGCCUGUUCUGGGCAGAAACACCAUGCUGGCUGAAGUGGUGGAGAAACUGAAGAAGACAGGACUCCAAGCUGCUCCUCCUGCUCACUGUUACGCUGGACCUGGAGACGUGGCGUGUGAUGUCUGCACUGGGAGAAAGUACAAAGCCGUCAAGUCCUGCCUGGUGUGUCUGGCCUCUUACUGUGAAACUCACCUCAAACUUCACAAUGAGCUUCACCCAGGAAACACACACAAUGUCAUCCAUGCUUCUGGACGCCUGCAGGACAAUAUUUGCCGUCAGCAUAAAAAACUGCUGGAGGUUUAUUGUCGUACCGAUCAGCAGUGUAUCUGUCUGCUGUGUGUGAUGGAUGAGCACAGAGGCCAUGAUACAGUCUCAGCUGCAGCAGAAAGGACUGAGAAACAGAAGCAGCUGGGGGCGACACAGAGUAAAUUCCAGCAGAGAAUCCAGGAGAGAGAGAAGGAGCUGCAGGAUCUGAGACAGGCUGUGCAGUCACUCAAGCGCUCUGCACAGGCAGCAGUGGAGGACAGUGAGAGGAUCUUUACUGAGAUGAUCCGCUCCAUUGAGAGAAGGUGCUCUGAGGUGAAAGAGCUGAUCAGACAUCAGGAGAAGGCUGAAGUGAGUCGGGCUGAAGGACUCCUGGAGCGACUGGAGCAGGAGAUUGCUGAGCUGAGGAGGAGAGACGCUGAGCUGGAGCAGCUUUCACACACAGAGGAUCACAUCCAUUUCCUCCAGAGCUGUCAGUCUGUCUGUGCCCCUCCUGGACCUGGAGACUUACCCAGCAUCACUGUCAGUCCACACAUCUCUUUUGAGGCUGUGAGGAAAUCUGUCUCUGAGCUGAAAGAGCGACUGGAGGACGUCUGCAAGGGGGAACUGCUCAAAGUUUCAGAAUCAGUGAAAGAAGUCCAUACUGUAGAGCUCAGGACCAGAGAGGAUUUCUUACAGUAUUCCUGUGAGCUCACACUGGCCCCAAACACCUUGCACAGAAAGCUCCGUCUGUCUGAGGGGAACAAAGAGAUAGCCAAUGUGAAAGAGAUCCAGUCAUAUCCUGACCAUCCAGAGAGAUUUGAUUACAGAGCCCAGGCGCUGUGCAGCGAGGGUCUGUCUGGACGCUGUUACUGGGAGGCUGAGUGGAGUGGAGAUGGGGUUGAUAUUGCAGUGUCGUAUAAAGAGAUCAGCAGGAAAGGGUCAAGCAAUGUCUGUGUUCUGGGAAAAAAUGAGAAGUCCUGGAGUUUAUACUGCUCUUCCUCCAGUUAUUUUUUCUACCACAAUAACAGGAUCACUGAAAUCCCUGUUCCCUCCUCCUCCAGAAUAGGAGUGUACCUGGAUCACAGGGCAGGAACUCUGUCCUUCUACAGUGUCUCUGACAAAAUGACCCUCCUGCACAGAGUCCAGACCGCAUUCACUCAGCCCCUCUACCCUGGGGUUAGGGUUUAUGCUGUCGGAUCUUCUGUGAAACUUAAAAUGGCUGAAGGUGGCAUUUUACUGGAUCAGGACGAGUUGAGCUGUUCGAUCUGUCUGGAUCAACUGAAGGAUCCGGUGACUAUUCCCUGUGGACACAGUUACUGUAUGGGCUGUAUUAAGGUUUACUGGGAUCAGUAUGAUCAUCCUGGUGUCUACAGCUGUCCCCAAUGCAGACAGACCUUCACCCCAAGACCUGUUUUAAGAAAAAACACCAUGCUGGCUGAAGUGGUGGAGAAACUGAAGAAGACAGGACUCCAAGCUGCUCCUCCUGCUCACUGUUACACUGGACCUGGAGACGUGGCGUGUGAUGUCUGCACUGGGAGAAAGCGCAAAGCCAUCAAGUCCUGUCUGGUGUGUCUGGCCUCUUACUGUGAAACUCACCUCAAACUUCACAAUGAGCUUCACCCAGGAAACACACAUAAUGUCUUCAAUGCUACUGGACACCUGCAGGACAAUAUUUGCCAUCAACAUAAAAAACUGUUGGAGAUUUACUGUCGUACUGAUCAGCAGUGUAUCUGUUAUCUGUGUACAAUGGAUGAACACAGAGGUCAUGAUACAGUCUCAGCUCCAGCAGCAAGGACUGAGAUACAGGAGCAGCUGGAGGAGACACAGAGAAUAUUCAAGCAGAGAAUCCAGGAGAGAGAGAAGGAGCUGCAGGAUCUGAGACAGGCUGUGCAGUCACUCAAGAGCUCUGCCCAGGCAGCAGUGGAGGACAGUGAGAGGAUCUUUACUGAGAUGAUCCGCUCCAUUGAGAGAAGGUGCUCUGAGGUGAAAGAGCUGAUCAGACAUCAGGAGAAGGCUGAAGUGAGUCGGGCUGAAGGACUCCUGGAGCGACUGGAGCAGGAGAUUGCUGAGUUGAGGAGGAGAGACGCUGAGCUGGAGCAGCUUUCACACACAGAGGAUCACAUCCAUUUCCUCCAGAGCUGUCAGUCUCUCUGUGCCCCUCCUGGACCCGGAGAAUUACCCAGCAUCACUGUCAGUCCACACGUCUCUUUUGUGGCUGUGAGGAAAUGUGUCUUUGAGCUGAAAGAGCGACUGGAGGACGUCUGCAAGGGGGAACUGCUCAAAAUUUCUGAAUCAGUGAAACAAGUCCAUACUGUAGAGCCCAGGACCAGAGAGGAUUUCUUACAGUAUGCCUGUCAGCUCACACUGGACCCCAACACAGCGCAUAAACAGCUCCGUCUGUCUGAGGGGAAGAGAGAGGUGACCCGUGUGAGAGAGAACCAGUCAUAUCCUUAUCAUCCAGAGAGAUUUGACUCCUGGAAGCAGGUGCUGUGCAGAGAGGGUCUGUCUGGAUGCUGUUACUGGGAUGCUGAGUGGAGUGGAGAUAAAGGGGUUUCUAUAGCAGUGUCAUAUAAAGACAUCAGCAGGAAAGGAGAGGAUGAUGCCGCUGCUCUGGGAUAUAAUAACAAGUCCUGGGCUUUGCGCUGCUCUCCCUCCAGUUACUUUUUCUGGCACAAUAAUGAGGACACUGAAAUCCCUGUUCCCUCCUCCUCCAGAAUAGGAGUGUACCUGGAUCACAGGGCAGGAACUCUGUCCUUCUACAGCGUCUCUGACACAAUGACCCUCCUGCACAGAGUCCAGACCACAUUCACUCAGCCCCUCUACCCUGGGUUUGGCCUUAAUCUUGAAUCUUCUGUGAAACUGUGUGAUCUGUGA